GGACGUGUCUGGUCUAAGGAAGAAGAAAAUUCCCCCUGCCCCUCCGAUGCAACAAGCGUGUUCGCGCUGUGAGAAAGUAAGGAGAUAUACAACUAAUCCAGCUGUUACGAAAAGGUCCUCUUGAAACGUCUGGCACAGAGACUCAACCCAGCAUCUUCCAUGACCCUAUAGAGACAUUCGCCAUGUGUUUUUCCACCCAUCUAUGCUAAAGGGCCCACCAUUUCUCUGCAUCAGACUUAAAGCGCAUACCACUGGACUACCACUCUUUUUCACACUCAGGUUUUGCUUUUGAGAGCGUGAGAAAAGGACAACCCAAGGGGAUACUGUACAACACAGCGUCACAAAGUAACCAGGCGCUCAGAUAAUCCUCCAUCCGCCGCCUGCGUGGAUCUCUAACUCCCAUCAUGCCUUUCGUGGUCCCGCAGACGUCGCGCCUGCUGUGGGUGCGCACGGCGGCGCUCCUGUGCACCUGCGUGACCUUCAGCGUGGCGGCGCACGGCGGCUCGCUGGGCAGCUCGGGCGACCUCUUCAUGUUCUGCUGGUGCUUCAGCUUCGCCGGCACGCUGCUCGUGCUCCUGGUGGAGCUGCUGGGCCUGCAGGCGCGCGCGCCCGUCUCCUGGACCAACUUCCCCAUCGCCUUCGCCGCCUACGCCUCGCUGCUGUGCCUCUCCGCCUCCGUGGGCUUCCCGCUCGCCCUCCUCAAGGGCUACGCGCGGCAGGACGAGGUGCGCGACCACCGCAUCGCCGCCACCGUCUUCUCCUGCCUGGCCACGGUGGCGUACGUCGUGGAGGUGAGCCUGACGCGCGCGCGCCCCGGCGAGGUCGCCGGCUACAUGGCCACCACGCCGGGCCUGCUGAAGGUGUGCGAGACCUUCGUGGCGUGCGUCAUCUUCGUGUUCGUCAGCGAGCCGGUGUCGUACGACCGCUACCCGGCGCUCAAGUGGUGCCUGGCCGUCUACUGCAUCUGCUUCGUGCUGUCGGCCGCCGUGGUGAUCCUCUGCGUGGGCGAGUGCACCGGCUGCCUCCCGUUCCCCUUCUCCCGCUUCCUGUCCGCCUACUCCUUCCUGGCCGUGGCCAUGUACCUCACCGCCACCAUCCUCUGGCCCGUCUUCCAGUUCGACAGCCGCUACGGCAACAACGCGCGGCGGCCCGACUACUGCAAGGGCGUCGGCAUGUGCGGGUGGGAUAAGUUGGUGGGCGUGGCGGUGCUCACCGCGCUCAACCUGCUGAUUUACCUGGCGGACCUGGCCUACUCGGCCCGCCUGGUGUUUGUCACCGGGUGAGGAGGGAGGAAGAGGGGGGGGGGGGAAGAGACGAAGAGGAGAUGAAAGCCAGAUUAGUUUUGUGUUUUGUUUUUUGUAUUUUGUUGACCACAGGAGAAAGAGGAAAUGAGAGAAAAGACUCUUGUUUUUUUUAAAAAUGUGUUUGUUUGUAUGUUUGUGUUUGUUUGUUUGUCUUGCAUUUUUUCACAAACACAAAAGGAGACAAACAGGUGGGUAACCAAGAGAGACAUACUGUAUCUGUAACUUAGAAGUGAACGUAGAGUGUAGACAGCACUCACCAUCAUAGCAAACUGUUGUCUGCUUACCCAGUCUGCUAGUCUGUGUCUACUGUAUGCUUUCAAGGAGUGCUGGACAUUUUGGAGUCCUGAUCUUGCUGAUGAUACCUGUAUUAUUACACUUAUUCAGUCCAGUUAACAGACACCAAAUACAUAUGCUUUUCAAACCAAAGUACAUAUGCAGAUAUCUGCUGCUUCAGUCAAACUUACUUUCUGUGAAUGACCCUGAAUUACUGUGCACAAAAUAAAUACAACAUGAAAAACAGUGUGAAACGUCAAGUAAUCUAUGAUGAAUUCUUACUGUUCUUACUGCUGUUUUCCUCUCUGGCUUCAGCAAAGGCAGACUACAGCCAGUGCAUCAACUGCUCACAAUGUAAUACAGGUAUUUUGAAUUUGAAA